AUGAAGCCCUGGAUUCUCCCAUUCAUCGUGCUUAUUCAUGAGUUUAUAGUGCUUCUGCCUGUGCUUGGGGGCCACAAGUACAAACAUCACAUGGAGUUGGAGAUCAACCAGUGUUGGGUACAGCCUCCGGAGCAGCACUGCAGGAAACGGUGCACGAGGGGAAACUCCUGCCUGCGUGACAAUCACACCUGUUGCUGGACCUACUGUGGGAACAUCUGCUUGAACAACAACGAGCCUUUUAAAACAAUGUUAAAGCCCUUAAGACCCUAG